AUGGGAACUGGCUGGGAACUAACAAAGCAUCUUCGAGAUAACAUCUUGAAGUAUGCGUCAUACCCGCAAACGUCCAUUAGCAUCAGGCAAAUGGUUCAAUUUGGUCCUUCACCAUCCCCUGGCUCGAUAUUUCUUGCCUCACAGUUUAUUGUCGAAGAGCUCCCCAUUCGUUUGGCCUUGAAAGUCAGAGACUUGGAAAACGCCCCUCUUGGGCUUCUGAAAAUGCCCUCCACAAUCAAAGUAAAAAAUUGGUAUGCGCAAUCGUUCGAGGAGCUCACUUCAUUGCCAAAGCCAAAAAUUGACGAAUCCUUGCGGAAACAAUUGUUCGGAAAUAAAUAUGGUCAUGAUAGUUAUCAAUCCUGCUCCCCUAACGAACCGCCAAGAGACGACUCGGGCGCGUUGCUGGACUCUUCAAAUUUGGCACAGGAACAAAAGUCGAAUCCAGCUGUUAACAAUGUGUUUUCUGACGAUGGGAUUGUGGUUCGUCCGUACCAGGCCAACUCGUCUUUGAGUGCCUCAAACCCCCGGUCAAGAAAAGAGUCACCCACAUUUGGGAAAACAUAUUACAACCCUUGUCCAACGAAUAUAAUUUGGCCUAAGGAAGUUUACGACUACAAUAAGUUGGUGUCUGAAGCGCUUAACAAAAUCAAGAAAAGACAUGAUGCUACAGUAGCCACCAUGGCGCAGGGCGUUCAAGAGUGGAAGACGGAACAUCAGUUGGUGCAGGUGAACUCAGCCAUACAAACGUUUUUGGAUCGUUUCUACAUGCUGAGAAUUGGAAUCCGGAUGCUUAUUGGCCAACACAUUGCACUCAAUAUGGCACAAGCUCUGCCGACCAGACAGAAAAUCUCCAAAUUUUUCAAUGGGUCAAAUGGUUCUAGUCAGGGGAAGGGAGCAAACUCUCAUUACGUAGGUGUGAUUUCCACCGAAUGCAACGUCAAGGAGAUUGCCGAAGACGCCUUGGAAACGGCUAAGUAUAUCUGUGAAGACUAUUAUGGGCUAUUUGAAGCACCUGAAGUUCAAUUGAUUGCGCCACAAGAGCUGGUGAACUUCAUGUACGUCCCAGGGCAUUUAAUUCACAUGCUUUUUGAGGUCUUGAAGAACUCACUUCGAGCAACAAUUGAAUUCCAUAUUCCUUUGCUCAAGCAAAAGCUCAUUGAAGAAAACCCCGAAUUGAAACCAGAGGAUAUUGAUUUAAAUGAUUUGAAGUUCCCCCCAAUCAAGGUGAUCAUUUCAGAAGGAAGUGAGGACAUCGCCAUCAAAAUUUCGGAUGAAGGAGGGGGUAUUGCUCGCAGUGAAAUUCCCUUGAUCUGGACGUACUUGUACACAACUGUGGACAAAACGCCAACCUUGGAUGCCGAAUUCAACCAAACUACGUUUAAAGCACCCAUGGCGGGGUUCGGGUACGGUUUACCGAUUUCGAGACUAUAUGCGCAAUAUUUCGGAGGUGACUUGAAGUUGAUCUCAAUGGAGGGUUAUGGAACAGAUGUUUAUAUCCAUCUCAACCGCUUAAGUAGUUCGCUGGAACCACUUCCAUAG